UAAAACUGAUCGCGAAAUCUAAUACUUUAUUAUCUUAGUAAAACAAUAACGCAAUCCUGUUUAAUAACCGCGAGUAGAAACGAUCAAAGAUAUCGUUUUACUCGUGCUGGACCGUCUCAGAAGUAACUUGUCAAUAUAUAAUGUUUGGAAAGAAAGCCAUUGUUGUCGCUUUGUCGUGUCUGGCUGUCUUUACCACACUGCUAUUGAUCCAUUAUGGACGCUUAAAGACGAAAUAUUUUACAUCACUGAAAGUGACAACUGUACGGCCACCAUUUGUCAGCCCAAACAUUCAACAGAAGGGCAUCAUCUAUAAUAGAGUUGGCAAAUGUGGCAGUCGAUCAUUGAUUAUCCUGAUGACGACUCUUUCAAUAAAUAAUGGUUUUCAGCUUAUGAAUCGCACAAACACCCUGGAUCUUUCUGGAAAGUUGAGGCUAACCCUACGUCAACAGUUGGAAUUCGUUAUGUCUAUUGAGCAGCUGAAGCCUCCAUUUAUUUACUAUACUCAUCUACAUUUUGUUGAUUUUAGAAAAUUUGGUGCUGUACAACCAAUAUAUAUCAAUCUAAUACGAGACCCCUUAUCACGCCUGGUGUCUGGUUUUUAUUUCCUUCGAUUUGGUGAUGGCCGAGAAAGGUCAUGGAGAUUCUCUGGUCCAGCAAAUCACCUAAACUUGUCCUUUAACGAAUGUGUGUUGAAGAAUUAUUCAGAGUGUACAGAUCCCCGUCGACUAUCAUACAUCAUUCCAUAUUUUUGUGGACAGUCUGCAGGAUGCAAAUCAUCUCCAAAGCAUGCUUUAAGACAAGCCAUUACCAACGUGGAAACCAAAUAUUUAGUGGUUGGUGUGUUGGAAGAGGUCAACGACUUCAUUAAAGUACUAGAAAAAUUGCUACCCCAGUUCUUUAGAGGAGCUUAUGAAGCGUGGAAAAACCCUGGUUUGGAAGAGUCAUUGAAAAGGAAAACUACCAAGACAAAACAAAAAAUAGCUCCAUCUGCUGAAGUGGUAGCCAUCAUGAAAGAGAGGUUAAAGCUAGAGUACCAGUUUUAUGACUAUGUUAAGUUAAAGUUUCAACAUUUGAAAAAAGAACUAGGGAUAUGAGUUAUGGAUAGAUAAUUUAUUUUAUUAUAUACACACCAUACUGACCCAUCACACCGUACUGACCCAACACACCUAUACUGACCCAACACACUUUACCGACCCAACACACCGUACUGACACAACGCACCCGUACCGACCCAACACACUUUACCGGGCGCAGCUAAUUAAAUACUCGGAGUAUGCAUGCGUUAUUACAAUAAAUGAUUAUUAAUU